ACCUACUUCUUCGUCGAUCGCCUCAACUGACUUCAUCGAGCGGUCUCGACAGACUCUCGGCCGGGCGCAAUAGGCAGCAGACAUCAUGUUCCGCGCGCAGUCGAAUAUCUUCGACGAUGUCGUCGUCAAGGCCACAGACGAGAACCUGACGAGCGAGAACUGGGAGUACAUACUGGAUGUAUGCGACAAAGUCGGCUCGUCAGACACAGGCGCACAACAAGCCGUCGCGGCUAUGAUCAAGCGAUUAGCGCACCGCAAUGCGAACGUACAGCUGUACACGCUCGAGCUUGCCAACGCCCUCAGCCAGAAUUGUGGCGUAAAGAUGCACAAGGAGCUAGCUUCACGCAGCUUUACAGAUGCAUUGCUGAGGCUCGCCAACGACAGGAACACACACCAGCAAGUCAAGGCCAAGAUCCUCGAGCGCAUGGGCGAGUGGUCUGAGAUGUUCUCUCGUGACCCAGACCUUGGAAUCAUGCAGGGCGCUUACAACAAGCUGAAGUCGCAGAACCCCAACCUGCGAGCCCCAUCGAAACCACAGAAGACACAGAUCUCCGAGACCGACCGCCAGAAGGAGGAGGAAGAGCUUCAAAUGGCGCUGGCCAUGUCGAUACGAGAAUCCAAGGGCGCCGCUCCCACGACUGCGAAGUCGAACGCUCCUCAAGACGCAAGCGCUGGUGCUAGCUCCAGUGCACAACCCGCACAGGCACAGGCGCCGGCACCACAGGGAACAACUGCGGCAACAGUCUCGCGAGUACGCGCACUGUACGACUUCCAGCCUUCCGAGCCCGGCGAGCUGCAGUUUAAGAAAGGCGACAUCAUCGCUGUGCUUGAGUCCGUGUACAAGGACUGGUGGAAGGGAUCACUACGUGGCCAGACCGGUAUCUUCCCGCUCAACUAUGUCGAGAAGCUGCAAGACCCUACACGAGAAGAGCUGGAGAGGGAAGCGCAGAUGGAGGCCGAAGUAUUCGCGCAAAUUCGAAACGUGGAGAAACUGCUUGCGCUGCUUAGCACAAGUUCACAAGGAGGAGGCGAUGUUCGUGAUAACGAGGAGAUCACCGAGCUUUACCACUCGACGCUAGCCAUCAGACCGAAGUUGAUCGAGCUGAUUGGCAAGUACUCGCAAAAGAAGGACGACUUCACACAACUGAACGAGAAGUUCAUCAAGGGCCGCCGUGACUACGAAUCGCUCCUCGAAGCUUCAAUGACGCAAGCAGCACAGCCAGCAUACGGUGGCCGCCCCACAUACGGUGCAUACAACGCACCCCCUCCAUCUCAAUACGCCGGCUACCCUCCUAGCUCCGCAACACCCCAACAAGACCCCAACCGCUUCUACGAUGCCGGAGCACCACCAUCACAACGCCCACCCCAAUACCCACCCGCCGGCUCAAACCCAGCAUUCUUCAUGGUCCCACCCGGCGAACAGCGCCAGCAACAGACCCCAGCACCACAAGCUGGUCCUCCGUCAAACGCUUACAACGAUCCAAGUCUGAACAGAGUACCAGUCGGCCGACCCCAAAGCUUCGCGCCACAAGAGCUGUCAACAGGACACUACGACUCACCCGUCGACAACAGGCAGUCCUUCCACGGCGCACCAGCCGGCGCUCCCCCGGCUGGGCAAGAGUACUCCUAUCCACCACAGCAGCAGCAGCAGACCCAACCCCCCGGUUAUCCGCCUCAAUCCAGCGCACCUCAGGCGCAACAGAACCCAUACGAGCACAUCACUUCCCCACCUCCACAGCAACAGCAACAGCAUGACCAGCAACCGCCGUCCGAUCCCUACGCUCAGGCGCCGCAGCAGAACCAGUAUGGCUACCCACCUCAACAGCAACCAUCUCAGCCUGGAUAUGCACCGCCUGUGCCGCCGGGCGCUACGUCAAGUCCCGCACCGCAGAAUCAGGGGUAUUUGCCGUAUAGACCCGGUGGGCAGGGGCCGAGUGCACCGGUUGGAGGAGGUGGUGAUGAGGGCUUCUAUAGAUGAGGAAAGAACAAUAGGGCACUUGAGGGAAGAGAUUG